AUGGCUACGAUUAUUCUUGUGGUACUUUUUGUUAUCUUGGCAAAUAUUUUUGCUUAUAAUCCUGAAUGCGAGAAUAAAUCGUAUUGUGAAUGCUUGAAAUAUAACACUAGUUUAUCAAAUAUUGUUAAUGUACACAACAAAAAUGUGACGUUUAGUAUAAACGUGAAAUCAUGGUCAAAUAUUCAGAUCGAGUGUGGAGAUAUUAGUUGGAAUGCUUUUUAUUUAAGACAAAUAAAAAACGAAGGAGUUCUCGAUUUGAUAGUGUUUAAGAAUUGCACAUUACCAGAAGAAACUAGAUUACAAUAUUUUGUCAGAAAAUUAGGAAUUAAAGAAACAAAUGGACUAGGCUUUCAAUCUUAUAGAAAUCUUAGCAACAGUUUAAAAAAGAAUCAUUUUCUAGGAUUUCGAUUUUUGAACAAAUUGGAUUUAUCCCAUAACGGUUUAACUGAUAUAUCAUCUGAUUUGUUUAGCAAUUUACCUAAUUUGGAGUUCCUAGAUUUAUCGGAAAAUUCUCUCGUUUUAAGAAAAGAUUUUUUUAAUGAGACUUUGAAUCUUAAGCAACUUGAUUUAAAUGGAAAUGGAAUAACAGAGCUUGCCAAUGAUUUAUUUGAUAAUCUACAGGGUUUAGAAAUUCUAAAUCUUGAAAGAAAUUUAUUGAAAGAAUUGGAUGAUGGAAAUUAUCCAUUAAUAUUGAAUCUCACAGGGAAUUAUUUAAGGGAAAUACCAUCACUCGAUUACAUAAAACCUCUUAACUUAACACAUUUAUUGUUAUCCAACAACAAUAUUUCUGAAAUAUCGCUGGACAGAUUACCAAAAACUAUCCAAGUAUUAGAAUUACAUAAUAAUAAUCUAUUAAGCAUGAGUUACAACGUAAGUGAAUUCUUAUUUCAACAAAAUUACAAAAAAUUAACUUUAAGUGGGAAUCAAUUUAUAUGUGGUUGUGAUGAUAGAUUUAUAUAUGUAUUAGUUUUACAAUUGCAAUCUAUUCAUGAAGAUCUAAAAAAUGUGAAGUGUCAAGGCUACGACACUUCUUUAAGUAGUAUGACCAUUGAUGAAUUGUGUUUAUUCACUGAUCCAAGUUAG